UCCUUAUCGGAAUUACAAAAUGAAUCCGGCGGUGAUUGUGUCAUUUGUUCUGGCUUGUGCAUUUUCUGUACAGGCCCAUCCAUCGAGCAGAAUCGUCAAUGGACUUGAAGCAGGAGUUGGACAAUUUCCAAUUCAGGUUUUCUUGGACUUGACAAAUAUUAGAAACGAAAAAUCCAGAUGUGGUGGUGCUUUGUUAUCAGAUUCAUGGGUUUUGACUGCUGCUCACUGUUUUGAUGAUUUGAAAUCUAUGGUAGUGUCCGUUGGUGCUCAUGAUAUCAGCAAAUCUGAAGAACCUCACAGGCAAACCAGGAAACCUGAAAGGUACUUCCAGCAUGAAAAAUACGACAAGGCAAAUCUUGCAUACGAUCUUGGUUUGUUGAAAUUGGACAAACCAGUGGAAUUGAAUGAUUUCGUGAAACUCACAAAAUUGAACAAAGACAAAACUGAAACUUUUGUCGGCAAAACUGCAACUGUUAGUGGAUGGGGCAUCUCCAAAGAUUUCCCUGCUUUCGAAUUGCCUGACAAACUACAGUACACAACUUUGGAAGUCCAACCAAGUGAAGACUGCAAAAAAGUAUGGGGCCCUUACAUGCGCGACUACAUCCUUUGUGCCAAAUUUGAAAAACAAAACAUUUGCACUGGUGACAGUGGCGGUCCAUUGACCAUUGAUGGUGUCCAAGUUGGUGUGGUGAGUUUUGGAAGUGUUCCUUGUGCCAGAGGAAAUCCUUCAGGAUUUACCAAUGUUGCUCAUUUUGUGGAUUGGAUUCAAGAACAUACUGGAUUGGAAUUGUAAAAAUAAAACUCAAACUAAAAAAAAAAUAAUUUAAUUGCACUGAAAAAUUUUUCAAGAAAAGUUUGGAUCGUUUUGUAAUUGAAUGACAAUAAAAGCGUAAAUUAGAAAUUA